ACCAGUGAUGGGUGUGGGGGAAGGAGACUGGGAGAUGUGGAGCUGUGGGAAGCAGUCAGAGAUCGUGGAAUGGCUUCAGGGCACAGAGCUUUGGGUGCAGCUCUCAGACCUCCUGACCCCUAAAAUCCUGUCUAGGAGUCCUAAAAACUCUCCAGGAUACCCAAAAUUCUGCUUGGAAUUAUUGAAAAUAGGAGCCCCAAAUCCUACCUGAGAUCCCCCAAAAUGCUUCCCAGGAGCCCAAAAUCCUCUUGAUGAUCUGGAAAUCAUCCCCUGGAUCUCCAAAUCCUAACUGGAACCUUCCCAGGAGACCCCAAAUCCUACCUGGGACCCCCCAGAAUCCUCCAGCAGAACUUUCAAAUUCUACCAGGACACCUAAAUAUCCUCCCAGGAUGAUCUGGGAAGGGAAAUCAGGGAUUCAUGGACUGGACACUCAGGAGAAGGACAAAGCCAUCCCCCCCGAGAGGGCAGAGGAGGCCAAGCUCAAGGCCAAAUACCCCACCCUGGGCCAGAAGCCUGGAGGCUCCGAUUUCCUGAUGAAGAGGCUGCAGAAAGGGCAAAAAUACUUUGAUUCUGGCGACUACAACAUGGCCAAGGCGAAGAUGAAGAACAAGCAGCUGCCAAGUGCAGGGCCUGACAAGAACCUGGUGACAGGAGACCACAUCCCCACGCCCCAGGACCUGCCACAGAGAAAGUCCUCACUGGUCACCAGCAAGCUGGCAGGGUAGCCUGCACUCUCAGCUGGGGCUGCCCUCUUUUUGUCUCUUUUCUUUUGGCUAAAUGGAUUGAACUUCACUGUACCAUAGGGACGGGAGCACCAGAAUCCACGUAGUUGUUUGAGUCUUUGCAGCGAACACACCCCAAAUCUGAGUCAGGGGCAGGGCAGGGUUGGGUUGGCCCUUCCUCUCAGCGAGGCUUUGCCUUAAUUUUCCAGCUGUUUGAAACGUUCCCAGCUCACAGAGGCACUGGAAUGCUGCAUCCUCGCUGGGACAGCCCUGGGAGGAGCAGGAGAGGGACAGGAGGCACCUGGAGGAGGGGACAGUGGGGCUGAGGCCUUGGGGGUCACAGAGACUGACCCAGCUGGGCAGGAGGUGUCAUCCCAGACCUGGCAGGUGUGAUCCCUGAUCAUGAAAAUGUGAUCCCAGACCUGGCAGGUGUGAUCCCUGAUCAUGAAAAUGUGAUCCCUGAUCAUGAAAAUGUGAUCCCUGAUCAUGAAAAUGUGAUCCCUGAUCAUGAAAAUGUGAUCCCAGGUCUGGCAGGUGUGAUCCCUGAUCAUGAAAAUGUGAUCCCUGAUCAUGAAAAUGUGAUCCCAGGUCUGUAGGCAUAGUCAGCUGUGUGUGUUGGAGCUUCAAAAGUGAAGAAAUUGACUGAAAUGAAAAGAAUUCCAGGGGGUUGUUGGUCUGAGCUGCCUGGGCUCUGUCCCUGGUUCAGCUCACGUGUCCAGCAGGAGUGGGACAGGGUUUGAAACAUCCUGGUGGCUUGGUUGGGGGUAGAGCCCCAGCACAGCUGCCCCUGGCUGAGCCUGGCCAGAGGGGCUUGGCCAAGGCCAGGGGGCAGUUCCUCAGUCCCUGCUCAGUUCUGUCCAGCAGGGCAGAGUCUGGCCAGGGCUGAGGUGAGGACAGAUCUUCUCCAGCCCCAGGGAGUGGGAGCUGAAUGCUGCAGCAGCUCAGGACACAGCAGAGCCCUGCCCAGGCACCUCCUGCUCCUGGGUGCUCACAGACCUGCAGCAGCCAGGGAGAGCCAUUUGUGCUGCUGGAACUGAUAAUGGAGAGAGGCAGGACUGGGAGUGACCGCCCAGAAAGGGAUAAAAAGCACCAGAGUGGAAUUUGAAGGGUGUUGAGGCAAGCCUGUUUUGAAAGUGUUGGGUAUGCCAAGCUUGGAUUUCUUUUUUCUCCUGCUUUUUCCCUUGUGUUUUCUUUGUCUCAAGCCUGGGAAAAAAAAAAAUAAGAAAACCCCCAAACUAACACCAACUUCACAACAAAAAGUCCCAAAGCUAACAAGCUGUUGCUGCAGCAGAAGCACACAUGCUGGGGGUAGCACUGUCCUCUCCUGGUGCCCUGGAUCCCAGUGGCCUUUUCCAUGCAGUGGGAAUUGUGUGUGCCAGGGAAUCCCAAAACCUGCCCCAGUUUUCCAUUCUGGAAGCACAAGGGCCAGAGGAAGGAGUGAAGAAGGGCAGGGGUUUCCCUUUGUGUGUUCCUGCUCAGCUGGGUGUUCCCUGGGAACCUGGGUCACUUCCCUGGCCUGGCUGCACCAAGGUGUUGCUUCCCAGGAAUGUUUGCAGAGGGUGUGAUGGAAUUUGUGUCUGCCUUCAGCUGGUUCCUGGAUCCUCCCGUGAGAAACAGCCCCUGGGGCUGCUCCUGGCCGCUCUCUGGGGAAGGGACAAGGGAUGUGGUGGGAUUUUGGACCUGCUCCUUGUCCCCACAGGGUCCUGCUCUGGCUCCAGCACUUUUCCAGCCCCUGUGUGACCUGGCUGGGGCAGUGGCUGCACACCCUCCUUGGAUGUCCUGCUGUCUGUCCCAGCCAUGUUGUAAAUAGAUACAAAUAUAUAAAAAUAUAUAUAAUUUUUUACAUGUUCAA